UUCCUUCAACGCUUUCUUCAUUGAGCUAUGGCUGGUGAAGCCGCAUCGCUCGCCGUCGGACCUGCCGACCUCGCGACCCCCACCCGCGCUCCAGCCACGUCCUCGUCGUCGUCGUCAGCAGCAGCAGCAGCAACAGUUGAGAGCACAAGCAUCGAGGUUCCGGACAGUGCUGCCGCGCACUCUCCUGCCUCUGCGGGCGGUGCUGCUGAAGGAGGAAGUGGCGUGUCGUUGCACAGCACUCCGACCGGGUCGCUGGUGCCACUGUCACAGCAGUCGCCCGCGUUCACUGGUGCAAGUGCUCCAGCAGCGGCAGCAACAAGAACGGCAGCAGCAGCAGCAACGACAGCAUCCCCAUUGGCGUCGCCGUUGGACGGCUCGGAUGCACUGCCUGCUGCGACUGAGCAACGCGAACAACAACCACAGGAACAACAGCAACAACAGCAGCAGCAACAACAGCCUCCUCCGACGCCGUCGCACUUGUCCCAUCUGACAACGCGCAUGCAGCUGCACGUGUCACCAAGCAGACGACAGAGCUCGCUGAGCCUGACGGAAGCGACUGCCGGUACCCAAUCGCCGCGAAAUGCGUCACCCGCAAACUCCGACGGCUCCCAGAACAGCCCCAGCACGGCCACCGCCACCGCCACUGCGCCCAUGGGAGACCUCCCAAAGCGGCGAUCGUUCUGGGGUGCGCUGACUGGAGCGCCGCAGGAUGCGCUGUCGAGUACUUCUGCCGCCGCCAACUCCCUGAGGCCGAAAUCCCCGCCGAAUCCCAAUCUGAACACUUCACGAGCGUCACUCGCUGCUGCGACCUCCACGACGGCUCUUCCGCGGGACGACGCACAAGAAGCAGUUCACGGAGCAGAGGGCAGGCCUUCAUCGCUCCACUCCGCCAAGUACAGCCGAUUCAACUCAGCCGCGACGGACACGGAGGGCAGCUCCGAUGACUUCGACGACGACGACGACGAUGAUGAUGAUGACGACGAUGCGUAUGGCACGCGCGUGGAUCUCCGACGAGCUGCACGCGAGUCAGCCUACGUGCAGGCAAUGCGCGACGGGCGACGUACUUUUGCCUUCCGCCAGGCCAUGAAGGUGAGCAGAAGCCUUCACGCGUCGGACGAGAAGGGUCUGCACAGCGCGGAAGCCCAGAAGAGGCGCGAGUCUGCCUUGCUGCAAAACCUGCCAAGGCCGUCGUCCGUCCCGCUGGCCGAUCGCAUUGUUGUGACCGAGGCCAUUCCCAACGUGCGCGACAUUGGCGGUAUGGCCUCUGUCGAGUUUCCGUGCUUUGCCGUCCGUCCAGGGCAGCUCCUGCGCUCGUCUCGCCCGGACUUUGCCACCCGAAACGACGUGGCCAUGCUGACCGAGCGCAUCCAUCUGCAAACGAUCAUUGACCUGCGUGGAAAGGAGGAAGGCACGGCGCAAUCUGGCAGCAUUGUUGGACCGCGCCUCCUCGAUGCCAUCUACUAUGUGCCCGAAGACCACCGGUAUCGUCGGCACCACCGGCAACUCUCUGGCAACAGCAAUCUGCUGACUAUUGCAGAAAAAGCCGGCCCUGAGCAAUCCGCGACGAGGAAUGAGGCUGCCAUUCUUGCGCCCCAGGCCGUGUCCCGCCACAUUCACGCAGACGUGAUGAACGUGGUUCCUCCGCCCGGAGCACCCCUUCCCACGCCCGCCCCAAGUGCUGUCGCGGAAGGUACAUCCCCGACCUGCCACGCCAUUACUCUUGCGGGCGAAGAGUGCGCAUCCCGUGCAAAUGCCGAAACAGCGCCUUCAACUGCUGAAGGAGUCGCAUCAGAAUCGACUCCUGGCUCGCCCCAGCCGCGAGCUUCGGAUGGAAGGCUGUCCACCAGUUCCUCGCGGCAGUCUGUCGGCGGCGGCAGCCUGUCCAACAGCUCGUCUCAGAACAGCAUGGUUCGUGCGAUUGGCAAAACGAUGACGCUUUCCCCUCCCGCUGUGCUCCAAGCGCGAAGAAUGUCGCUGAUCGAAAUGGAGGGCCUUGUGCGGAAAAAGUACCACAUUCAGUUCAUUGGCCUCGGCUUUAUUCGCAACGCCGUUUGGGCGCGAGUUCCCAUGCUGACCAAGGUCGGCGUUGUUGGCUUUGGCAUCAUGGACAAGGUGUUUAGCACAAACAACGCGCGCACGCUAGUCCUCAACUCGGUUGUCAACAAGCGCGGCAUUGCCCAACAGUACGAGGAUUUUGUAGAUUACUGCGGCCGCAACAUUGCUCGUGCGGUGGCCGUGCUCGCGCUUCCGGGAAACUUGCCUGCCCUCGUCCACUGCAUGCACGGCAAGGAUCGCACCGGCAUUAUUAUUGCGAUGGUGUUGGGGUUGCUCGGCGUGUCGGAUGAGGACAUUGCCGAUGACUAUGCUGCCACCGAGGAAGGACUUCGCCCGAUCGAGGACCGCGUGCGGACUGAAAUCUGCGGUGUGGGCUUGGCCGACGAGUUCCGCCACGCUCGCCGAGAGACAAUGCUGCAUCUCAUGCAGUACCUGCGCUUCCGGUACGGCAGCGUCAGCGACUACCUCACCCUGCACGGCUUUGCGCUGCUCGAUCAAAACCGCCUUCGCCGCAAGAUGCUUGUGGACACGACGGACGUGGAGAAUGCCAGCCACAAACGGCAACGUCGCGCCCAGCGCCGUGCUUCUCGCCGUGCGACCGAUGUUGCCCGCGCCUCCGCGCGUGCGGUGACGCAUGCCGCAGAGCAGGCUGUCCAGUCUGUCGCGUCGCCGGCCGAAAAGCCCAAGACCGAGGCCGGUGGCUUUUCCAUCGAGACGGCGCUCGCGUCUGCUGCGACAAGCAUGUUCUCAAGUGCAGCAAAUCCGCUCGCUGUGGCUGAUGGGCCAACGCAAAAGAUCCUCCACCAUGCUCCAGAGCAGUUUGCUGACGCUGCCCCUGCAGGCCCACGCUCUGCUCUUCAUUCUGGUACAAUGUCCAUCCAGACUGCGCUUCGCUCUGCAGCCUUCCCAAUGACUGCAGCGCUGGCUGCUGCGCCGGUCGUGGCCGACACCAAUGUCCAUUUCGGUGUGGUUGCUGAGCAUGUUCUGGAUGAGUCUGGCAGCUCCAGCAGUGAAUAAGGUUUGGUGGUUGGUGUUGUUGUUGUUGAACUAAGGUUUUUUGUUGUUGUAGUUGAACGAAGUUUGGGUCGAGUUUUUGUCGUUAUGGUGUUGUUCGAGUGCUUUGGAUUGGAACAAAGAAAAACAUCGGUAGAAAAACAG